AUGCUAACUUGUAAUAAAGUACUAGAUAUCCCUCAGAGAGAGAUAGUAGCUGAACAAGGGCAGUAUUAUUUUGAAGAAGAUCAAGAUGAUAAAAACAUUAAAGUCCUCUUUACAACAGAAACUCUUGCUGUAGGACUCAAUUCUCCAGUAGCUGGAAGACGAAGAAUUGAUAAAAAAGGAUAUGUCAUUAUUAUGACAAAUGCAAAAUUGAAUGUUGCUGCGCUUAAAAAUAAAUUGACACUUAAAUCUUCAGUACCAAUGAACUCAAAUUCUUUUAAAGACUAUCAAAAAAAAAGCUUUUAUGCAAACACUGCUAUUUUCAAAAAAAGAAAAGAAGUUUUUAAAGAACUUAAUUUCAUUAAUGAAAAUAAUGAAUUAACAAAAAAAGGAAUGAUUGCUGCGAAUAUAUCCUAUGUUGAAGGAUCGAUGAUACUUGCUGAAUUAAUUGAAAGCAAUAACUUACUUAAUAAAAGGAUUGAUGCAAUUGCUGCAACAUUCUCUUUAUUUGUUUGUUCAAAAAGUACAUCAAAAGAAAAAUCUCAAGAAGCUAGUAAAUCAAUUAGUGCUGUGUGGAAAAUCCAAAGAAAAAUAAAUGAAAUUGAAAAAAAAAUAGAUUUUUCAAAAAAGGAAAUGUUGGAAGUCAAAAUUUAUGGUGAAAUGUAUGAAAAAGUUCAAGACCUGGUUAAUGGAAAAACAAUUUUUGAUACUAUUGAAUCUUCAGAAAUUUACGCUUUAAUAUUACUAAAAGUCAUCAAGGACAUUAAAAAAUUGUUUGAAGAAAUUAUAAAAUCAUGGAUUAAAGAUACCAAACGACCAUAA